UAUGGCCCAAAAGGGGGAGGCCGAGCCCGUGGCGUGCAGAGCGGGUGUUUGAUUUACUUGGCCCGGAUUGGGAGCCUGGCCUGCGGCGUGCAAAAUUCCUUCUCUCUCCUGGCUCUGGCCAUACGCUCUAGGUUUUCGUUUCUCCUCGGCCAUGCUCUUGCGGCGCUCGCGCUGGCGAUUCGCGGCGGCUGCGCGCGGCUCUGGCGGGCUCGCGCGGGAAGAGGGAAACUUCCGCGCGCUCCCUUCCCCGCCGAAAUCCAUGGCCUAUAUGAACCCCCCUUCUCCCUCUCUCUGCUCUUCUCCUCCUCUCCACACUCCACUCCCGUUGAGGUACUGUCGUCGAGGUGAGCUCCAUUGCCGGCGCGUCGGUUGCGUUCCGCGGGGUUCGUCUCCGUUCUCCCGGUGUGGAUCUGCGUCCAGGCGGCGCGGCUCCCUCUGUUGGCGGGCUCCGGCGAGGCGGGCUUCUUCCUUCUUCUUCUUCUCCGGCGAGGCGGUGUUUCUGUUCGUGGAUCUUGCGUCUCUUGUGCUUCGUCGUCCAGAUCUGCUCCUUCCUCCCCACCACCUUCCGAUUUGAGCAGCAUCUGCACCCCUCCGACUCACCCGAGGUGAAAUCGGUUUUUCCCCCAAUCUUCUCGGUCUACUUUUAAUGUUUGCCUCGGAUCUCUAUAUUUUUUGUUGAUGUUUACUAUACUCAUGGUCAAUCCUGCCUAUUGUCGUCCAUGGUUACUUGUUCUUACUGUUGGUACUUCGUUGAUUUGUUUCAUAGUGUUACUAUUCUUGUCGAUGUUCAUGUUUUGUUGGUACUGGGAGAUGAAUGGUCGAUGAUGAAUAGCUUAUGUGGCACAGGGAGGCAUUUUUUAUGCGGGCCGUGCCUUUUUGUGAAUGCUUCCACUACCAUGCAGAGGCCAGCCAGGGUCUACCUAAAUUACUUAUACAUUUGUGAAUGAAUGUAGAUGGAUGCAAAUGCACAACAUGCUUUGAUGGCUAGGCAAGCAGCUGGGAUGGUUGUUGUGAUGGUGACCUUUGUAGUAAAUAGGCUUAGAAGGAUUAGUGGAGAAGAGGUAAUCCCUUAUGGCCCUAGGACUCAUGCUGAGAGGCAUAGGCAGAGCACACUGCAAUUGAUGUACAAUUACAACGAUGUUGAAUGCGUUGCAAUGCUGCGCAUGAGAAGAGUCCCUUUUUUUUCUUUAUGUAACCUGCUCAGAAAUAGAGGCCUUGUACCUGAGACAGUAGGGUGUCCUGUGGAAGAGCAGGUGGCAAUGUUUUUGCAUGUGGUUGGUCACAACCAGAGAUUUAGGGUAGUGCACCAAUCUUUUAGGAGGUCCAUUGAGACGGUGGGUAGAGUGUUUCACCAAGUGUUGUAUGCAAUUGGUGAGUUAAGGGCUGACAUGAUGAAGCCUCCUUCCACUGCCACACAUCCAAAGAUUUUGGGGAGCCACAGAUGGUUUCCUUUUUUGAAGAAUUGCAUUGGUGCCAUUGAUGGCACACAUGUGUUGGCAAGGGUGCCUAGACACAUGCAACAAGCUUUCAGGGGUAGACACAAGCAUCCAAUACAAAAUGUGAUGGCUGCAGUGAGCUUUGACCUAAAGUUUACAUAUGUUCUUGCUGGCUGGGAGGGCUCAGCCCAUGAUGCACUAAUCCUGGCUGAUGCCAUUGAGAGAAAUGAUGGCUUCACUGUCCCUGCAGGACCACCCGAAGGAUGCUGAAUACCUCAACACCCCCAUCAGGUUCUACAAAGAGAUGGAGGCUCUCUUUGGUAGCACUUUGGCAACUGGUAGGUUUGCCUUAGGGUCCAAUGAACCAUUGGGGGUGAACAAUGCAGACAGUGUGGCUGCUAAGCUUGAGGGGCAGGACUUCUCUUGUGGUACUUCUGAGUUUGGGGAGGGCAGCAAGGCCACAGCACCUGUGUUUGGGGAGGGCAGCAAGGACAACAUUGUAGGGGCUAAGAGGAAGAGGGCCAACUUUAGUGAGGAAGAUAUGCUUAUGAUGACCAACAUGACAGAUGCUGUCAACAAUGUUGCCAAUGCUAUGCUGAAAACAGGUGCUGCACAUGUCGAUCCAGACCUCUACCUUGCUGUCAUGGAGAUGGAGAUGUCUGACUUCUCCACUGAGGCCUUGAUUGUUGCCUACACCCAUCUCCUUGAGAACAAGGCUGUUGCAACUGGUUUUGUCAACAUGUCCACCCCCCAUAGGGCCAUAUGGCUGAGGACCUACCUGGCCAAGCACUACUAUUUGUAGUUCUGUCCAUGUUGUGCAGACAGCACUUAGAGGGAGUUGACUGUUGAGAAGUAUAGUUCCUCCACCUCCCUCCCCCACUCUCUUCUCUUUUGGGUUCCAUUUUGGCUAGAAACUGUGCAUGGUAGAUGGCUGACCAGCACCUGUUCUUUUGGGUUUAAUUAGCAGGAGGGUGGCUAACUAAGGAUAGUGUACUUAUAUUUCAACUUGUAUUCAAAUGCAGCCUCUGUUGGUUUGCUGUUGCACUGAUAUGAAGUUGUAUGCUAUUACGAUCCA